AUGUCUCUCCAACCGUCUAACAACCAGUCGCGCCCUGUGCAGACUAGCAUGCUGGCCAUGUGUCCCACAGAGCUCCUAUUGGAAAUCAUUGGCUUAAUCAACGACAACCCCGACGGUUACGAAGCAGCAAAAAGCCUCGAUAACUUGAGCCAGACAUGUUCUCGCAUGUGCGACCUCGCCCGACCCUUUUUCUUCCGUGCUAACAACUUCAAACAGUUCUUCCUGUCUGUCCGUGUGGCCAAUGUGGCCAUGAUGGAUCGCUGUGAGUAUUACAACGCAGCGCCCAUCGACAUGAUGUGGCGUUGCCAUUCUCGAAAGAUUAUGCAACUUCCUCGGCUGCAGACGGCUGUGGACAUUCUCCUGAAUGGCAUGAACGAGAAGGGCAUUGGCUCGGAAGAUGAGCACCAAACGAGAAUUCGCGAUAAGAAGCGCGACAUGAUCUUCAACGCUCUGAAAUGGCUUCUUGAGAGAGGCGCGAAUGGCGAAACCACCAGGGGGGUCGAGACCACAAUCUGGGCUCACGAGGUCCCAAAGCUGCUCGGCCACAUGAGUACGGAUCUGCUGAAUCAGAUGCAACGAGGUAUCAGCAAGCGCGCCAUGGAAGUCAUCUUCAACAUGAUGAAGAUAUUGAGCAGCCACGGGUUUCCUAUCCCAACUCGCAGGGACACCUUUUCUAGUGAGAGAUUGGCAAAAACACCACGGUGGGGUACCGAUCGCCGGCGUUAUUACUUUUAUAUGACACCGCUGACUACAACGCUCAAGUCACAUGUGAUCCCUGCUGUUCUGGAACUCAUGUUGAGUGAGCAUGCUGGUCGGGGCAUCAAGCUGAGGGAUUGGUACGAUGAGUGCCCAGCUAGCCUUGCCAGGCUUGCAACACGAGGAUAUAACUUCGAUGUUCAAUGGACCGAAUUUACCUCGAUCGACAAGCUCAUCGACAUCCUGUACGCUGAUCUGCACAAAGAACACACUGGGUGGGAAGAAAGCUACUUUGGUGAGGUCGCAGACAUUUUCCAGGAGAAGCUCAAGCUGAUGAUUGAGUACGAAAUGAUCGACGCUUCGGAGGAGGCUCUUCUCAAGAGCAUUGGAGCAGCUCUCUACUCCAUCGCCGCAGAUGGCAUGCAGGCAGGUCUUUAUGACCAAGAGCAGGUCAAAACAUCUUGGGAGAAACUCGGCGAUGCUGUAAAGCCAUUCGUUACCGAUGCCAACCUUGUUAUCGAUCCUGACAUGCAGCUUACAAGCGACCUACAUCGCGUUCACAGAUUCUACAUUGACCCGGAAUGGAAUCCGUGGAAGUCGUGGUUCGAUCGACAAAACUAUGUUCGAUAUACUCGAUCUGGAAGAGAGUGGGCAAACGGGUAUGUGGGUGGCGGCAACCUCACCAUCACCACGUCAGACUGGUAUGAGUGGUAUCCCAUGGAAUAUGAACAGGCCUCCAGCCUUGGAGUUCCAGAGUGGUACACGGUCGGUUUGGACGAGUGGCAUGCUUACUUCCCGCAGCUCCCUUCCUACUUAAGUGACUUGUCUGGGUGA